AUGGUCAUCGUGAUGGUGGCCACCAUGAUGGAGGUCAUUGUGAUGGUGGCCACCUUGGUCAUGGUCAUCGUGAUGGUGGCCACCUUGAUUCUGGUCAUUGUGAUGGUGGCCACCAUGAUGGAGGUCAUCGUGAUGGUGGCCACCUUGAUUCUGGCCACCUUGAUCCUGGUCAUCGUGAUGGUGGCCACCGUGAUGGAGGUCAUUGUGAUGGUGGCCACCUUGAUCCUGGUCACCAUGAUUGCAGUCAUCAUGAUCCCGCUCACCAUGAUUAUGGUCAACAUGGUGGUGGCCACCGUGAUGGUCAGCAUGGUGGUGGCCACCUUGAUCUUGGUCACCAUGAUCAUGGCCACUGUGAUGCUGGCCACCAUGAUGACGGCCAGAGGGGUGGUGGCCACCUUGAUUCUGGUCAUUGUGAUGGUGGCCACCAUGAUGGAGGUCAUCGUGAUGGUGGCCACCUUGAUCCCGGUCACCAUGAUUGCAGUCAUCAUGAUCCCGCUCACCAUGAUCAUGGUCAGCAUGGUGGUGGCCACCAUGAUGGUCAGCAUGGUGGUGGCCACCUUGAUCUUGGUCACCAUGAUCAUGGCCACUGUGAUGCUGGCCACCAUGAUGACGGCCAGAGGGGUGGUGGUCACCUUGGUCACAGUCAUCAUGAUGGUGGCCACCAUGAUGGAGGUCAUUGUGAUGGUGGCCACCUUGAUCCCGGUCGCCAUGAUUGCAGUCAUCAUGAUCCCGCUCACCAUGAUCAUGGUCGGCAUGGUGGUGGCCACCAUGAUCACGGUCACCGUCAUCACCAUGAUCAUGGUUGAUGGUGGCCAUUGUGAUGGAGGUCAGCGGGGUGGUGGCCACCAUGAUCAUGGUCACCAUGAUCAUGGCCACUGUGAUGCUGGCCACCAUGAUGGAGGUCAGCGGGGUGGUGGCCACCAUGAUCCUGGUCAUCGUGAUGGCCACCACGAUCGUCAUCACCUUGAUCCCGGUCACCAUGACUGCAGUCAUCGUGAUCCUGGUCACCAUGAUCGUGGUCAUCGUCAUCCCGGUCAUUGUGAUGGUGGCCACCACGAUCAUGGUCGUUGUGGUCACCAUGAUCCCGGUUAUCGUGAUGGUGGCCACCACGAUCAUGGAUCGAGUGGCCGGAGAGGCCGGAUCACCGCCGUGGGGGUGGGGAUGUGGUGUGGGACGGUUCUUUGGGGUGAUGUCAAGAGGUCUUCCAGGGGGGGAUUUGGCCAGGUGGAUCCCAAGAACUCUUACAGCAAAGGAUUUCUCCAGGUGGAUCCCGGGAACUUUUUCAACGAAGGAUUGGUCUGGAUGGACACGGGAAGUUCUUCCAGGGGAGGAUUUGGCCAGGUGGAUCCCAGGAGCUCCUCGGGCGCCUCGAUCCCGGAGUUGGUUCCGUGGCUCCAGAGGGGUUCGGACACCGGGGGGAACGUUGGGAUCUCCUGCUCCAGGCGGGUUUUCCUUGGAAUGAGGGGAGUGAGAUCCACUUGGACUGAGAACUUUGGGAUCCCCAAUUCCCAGCAGAUCCAGAACUUUGGGAUCCCCAAUUCCUAAGGGAUUGAGAACUUUGGGAUUCCCAUGGACUGAGAGCUUUGGGGUCCCCAUGGAUUGAGAACGUUGGGAUCCCCAUGGACUGAGAACGUUGGGAUCCCCAAUUCCCAGCAGAUCCAGAACUUUGGGAUCCCCAGUUCCUAAGGGAUUGAGAACUUUGGGAUCCCCAUGGACUGAGAGCUUUGGGGUCCCCAUGGAUUGAGCACGUUGGGAUCCCCAGUUCCCUGUGGAUCAAGAACUUUGGCAUCCACCUUUCCCCAUGGACUGAGAACUUUGGGAUCCGGAAUUCCCAACACAUUGAGAACUUUGGGAUCCCCAGUUCCCCCUGGAAUGAGAACUCUGGGAUCCCCGAUUCCCACCAGAUCCCGAACUCUGGGAUCCCCGAUUCCCACCAGAUCCCAAACUCUGGGAUCCCCGAUUCCCACCAGAUCCCAAACUCUGGGAUCCCCCAUUCCCCACCCCGGCCCCUCUCCCAGCUCAGCCCCCCCUUUUCCCCCAGGAAUAUUUCUCCCCCUAUUUAAAAAUUUGGGAAUUCCCGUCCCCGCUCCCCCUUUCCCCCCAUGGACAUUCUGCACUUUAUUCCAGGCUCUGGGAAUUCCGGGAUCACCUUUGGGAUUUUUUUUUUUUUUUUUUGGGAUCAUCCCACAAAAUUUGGAAAUUUUGGCCUCCUGGGAAAUCGGGAUGAGCCCUGCUGGAAAAACCCGGAGCUUUUAUGCAAAUCCCUCCACUCCCAUCCCACUUUUCCCCUGCAAAAUUCCCAUUUUAUUCCCUGCUCUGAUUUUUUUCCAGAAAUUUUUGGGGCCAAAACAAAAAAAAAUAGGAAAAAAAAUCCUGUCAGGAUUGAAAUUCCCAACAAAAUUCCCAUUCCUGGAACGCUUCGGCUUGGGGGGGAUUUUUUAGGGAAUCUCCUGAAGUUUUAGGGAAUUUUAACCCCGGGAUCUGACUCCUUGGAGGUCCCGAUGCUUUUAUCCCAAUUUUCCCCCUUUUAUCCCAAUUUUCCCGCUUUUAUCCCCAUUCUCCUGCUCUUUUUUCCCUUUUUUUUCCCAUUUUUUCUUCCCCCUGGCUAUGCAAGAGCUCCCCCAGGAUGGAAAUCCCAGAAAAAUCCUGGAAAAAUAAAAAUUCCGAGAAAAAAAAAAAAAUCCCGGGAUAGGCUCGGGAGGAGCCGAACCGACCCUAAAAACCCCCGGGGAAAACCCCGGGAUUUGGGAUCCGCCGGGAAGAGCUUCGGGAUUCCCUGGAUAUGCAAAGAGGGCGCGAAUAAAUCUGUGAAAAAUGGGA